UACAUUAUAUGUGGUAACAGCUUUGUGGAAGAAGCUAGUUUCAUUAAUUUGUUGGAUUAAUUAUGAAUUAUCACCUAUUUAAAAAAGUGAAUUAACUUAAACAGAUUUACUUUGAUAGUGUGUGAUAUUUUUGAUACUACCUUUAUGGAUAUCGACAAUAGUAAUGCAGUGUUAUCUUUAACGCCAAUUUCAUCGCCGACAAGCACUCUCAACACUGCGGUAACAAAGUCUAUGUAUUUAUCAACAACUUUAUCAACGGUCCAAUCAACAACUUUGGCAACAAUCAGAACACCAACGACAAUAACAGAACCGACCAUAAUGUCACGAGUUCAUAUACCUACAUAUGGUGUUUGCCUAAUGGGAACAUCAAUGAUCGUUAUGUUUAUUAUCAUACUAGUUUUAUGCUACUUGCUAAAGAAAGCUAAAGGUACUGAGUAUAAGUUUUUCGGCACAAAGGAUAAAAUUAGUACCGAAAAAGUCAUGUUAAAUCGUCAAGAAUCAAACGAUGUUCCAUCAAUGACGACUGUAAUAUGUCCAAUACCUACAAUCACGGACUGUGACAGUAUCAAGAUAGAAGAACCAUAUUUCAAACAUGUUGGCAGUAUUAGAGACAUUUGUAGAAAUGAAGCGGCAACAUCUAACCGAGACAAGUAUCAAUCCAAACUCAAUCCGAGUCUGAAAAGAAGUAUCGCAUCAAACGUGAUUUUACCUGAACAAAUGAGACAGAUAUGCAGAGAUGUGCUGAGUAAACGCCUUGUUGCAAAUAGCACAAGUUCAAAAGAUUUGAAUGAACUAAUAAACGAAAUUGAGACUUUUGAACGGCGACCAAGUGGAAUUAAAAAAGGUUUGGCGAGAGAAAAAUCUGCUUCCACGCCUGAACUAGAUCUGGACAUAUACGAUACGCUUUCUCCUGAUGAUCCUACUCCAGUUCAAAUACCUGACGCAGUUGUGAACGGAGAAAGUCUUAAAGAAACGAAAAAAGAAGGGUCUUCAAAAGAAACAUCUUCAAGCCAAGAGAAUACAAAAGACUGUGAAAAUAAUAUGGUUAACAUAGAAGAUGGAGAUGAUGUUUAUGAUAGUCCGCCAGUAAGAAGCACCGCAGAUGAUAUUCCUCUAUAUGACAAUCCGCCAAUAAGAAAUGCCGUAGACGAUAUUCCUUUAUAUGACAAUCCACCAAUAAGAAAUAACGCAGACGAUAUCCCUUUAUAUGACAGUCCGCCAGUUAGAAGUACUGAAGAUGAUGUUCCUUUAUAUGACGAUCCGCCUGCGUCUUCACUUAAAGGUGUUAUAGUUGAAGAUUCACAAUAUUUACUACCUCUACGAUCAAUAACGCCAAGCCCAAAGAUGGAACCGUCAUAUAUAAAUGCAAAUCGUAAGUAUAUAUAUUAGUUUUAGGAGUGUUGUGAAUAGUGUUAAUAAUUAAGUUUAGUUUUAUAUAAUUUGUAAUGUUAAUAAUAUAAGAUAAAAUAAAUAUAUAUCUGCUCUAUAACCACAUAGCGGAAACAACGGAUUUACUCAUCUGCGCUCUGAGUGAGUUCAUAAAAGUAGCACUCCUAGUUAUUUGUUAUGAGAAAAGCACAGUUUAAUUAAUCAGUGUAAAUAUUAGUUGAUGUACCUGUAUAGCGAAUUGGUUUUUACUGUAAUGCUGUAUAGUGCGUGGUUGUAAAUAAAUAAUUAAUAAAUAAAUUAGUUUAUGGACAACAAACUAAAUAUUUCAGACAGACAAACAGUGUCAGAAUGAUAGUUAUAGAGAUAUAGAAAUACACCGGCGGUCCUGACGUCAG